AACACCACAACAUGUUGGUCAGUUGGUGCUACAUAGAGGGAUCUCUUCUCUCUAUAUAUAUGAGAGCUACAUGUCCAUUCUCAUCACACAGGGCGAUUUAGAGCAAAUUUGGUGCUUCAGUUUGCAGGAAGCUGACAUUGCUUUGAAGUGGAAAUAUAAUUCUCGAGACAAAUAUUUCCGAACAAUGGCAGGUGUUUGCUAUGGAAUGCUAGGCAACAAUUUACCACCCCCAAAUGAAGCUGUGGAUCUCUUUCAGAGAAACAACAUUCGGAGGAUUAGGCUUUAUGCUCCAAAUGAUGCUGUCAUUCAGGCGCUUAAAGGCACCAACAUUGAACUGAUGCUGGAUGUCCCAAACAAUGAACUUCAGCGCAUAGCAUCAGACAAUCUCACUGCUGCCUAUGACUGGGUCUACUACUAUAUUGUGAACAACAGGGCUGAUGUGAAGUUCAAAUACAUUGUUGUGGGUAAUGAAGUAAGCAUGAAUGACUGGAGAUAUGUCCUUCCUGCCAUGAAGAACAUUUACAGUGCAGUUCAAUCAGCUGGCCUACAAGACCAGAUCAAGGUUUCGACUGCGAUUUACUCAGCAAACCUCAGUGAUAGUUAUCCUCCCUCCAGAUCAGUUUUCAGAGGCGAUUUGCUGCAAUACCUACAGCCAAUUGUUGGCUUCUUGGUGGAGAAAAGGGCACCAUUGUUUUGCAAUUUGUACCCUUAUAUCAGUUAUCUUGAGAACCCAAGAGAUAUUAGGCUUGACUAUGCCUUGUUUACUGCUCCAUCGGUUCUUGUAUGGGAUGGCCAGUAUGGAUAUCAGAACCUCUUUGAUGCCCUGCUGGAUUGUGUCUAUGCUGCACUUGAGAAGGUGGGUGGAUCCUCUGUGGAGGUGGUUGUAUCUGAGAGUGGUUGGCCGAAUGCAGGUGAUUUUGCAUCGACUACAGAAAAUGCUCAAACUUAUUUGAACAAGUUGAUUCAACAUGUGAAAGGGGGUACUCCUAGAAGGCCUGGUAGGCCCAUUGAGACUUACAUCUUUGCAAUGUUUGAUGAGAAUGCCAAGACUGGACCAGAGAGGGAGAGACACUUUGGGCUAUUCACUCCAUAUAAGCAACCCAAGUACAACAUCAAUUUCUACUAAGAGCCUAUAAAUGGGUGUUGUGUUCUGAUCUUGAAUAAUAUAAUAGAUGGGGCCAAUGAGGCCUCUGUUUGUUUUAUCUUAAUUCUGCCAUUUCUUUGAGAUUAUGUAUUGAAAUAAAGCCCAUUCAGAAGCUUGUAAUCUUUAUAAUGGUUUGUCUUUGUUUU